AUGGGCAAAUCAAAGGACGCGAAGGUAUCUUCGAAAAAGACCAGCAAGGAUGUAUCCUCCAAGGUCAAAGAUACCAAGUCCUCCAAGUCUGCCGCCACUCCCCAGGUCAAGUCGAAGUCCGUUGCCAAGGACGUUGCUGGCAAGGCCGACAAGAAGAAGUCUAAGAAGGUGAAGGAGCCCACUCCCGAGCCAUCAUCCUCUGAGAGCGAAAGCUCUGCUGAAGAGGAGGACUCCGCGAGCGACUCUGACUCGGAUUCCGAGUCUGAAGUUGAGGUGCCCGCACCAAAGGCUAACGGUGCUUCUAAGAAGGCCGCCACGCCUAGUGAUUCAGAUGACUCCUCAUCCGACGAAUCUGACGCUCCUGAACCCAAGCAGGCUGCUGCUUCCAAGGACGAAGACACUUCGGAUGAGAGUGACGACAGCUCCGACAGCGAGGCACCCGCUAAGACCAACGGCGCUGCCAAGUUGAAUGGCUCCACCAAGAAGGCUGAAACUACCUCCGACUCUGACUCCUCCGAUUCUAAUGACGAUGAGAAAGACGAUGACUCUGACUCGAGCGAUUCUGAUGAGGAGGAGGUACCCUCAAAGAAGCGUAAGGCUGAGGACGAUGACGAGCCAGUCGCAAAGAAGACCAAAACGGAAGAGUCCUCUGACGAUGGUCCCAAGACACUAUUUGUCGGCCGCCUCAGCUGGAGCGUUGACGACGACUGGCUUCGCCGAGAAUUUGAGCAGUUCGGUGAGAUCACUGGUGCUCGCGUCAUGAUGGACAGAGCCACUGGCAGAUCCAAGGGCAUGGGUUACGUUGACUUCGCCGAGCACGCUUCCGCCAAGAAGGCCCUCGAGGAGGCCCAAGGCAUCGAGAUUGAUGGCCGUCCUUGCAAUCUCGACUUUGCUACCCCCAAGCCUGCCCGUGAUGGCGACUCAUCCCGCCAAAAGUCAUUCGGUGACCAGAUCGGUGCUCCCUCCGACACUUUGUUCGUGGGUAAUCUUUCUUUUGAUAUCACCAACGACGUUCUCCAGGAGGGUUUUGCCCAGUACGGCACUAUCACUCGCGUCUCCAUCCCCACUGACCAGGAGAGUGGCCGCGUCAAGGGCUUUGGAUAUGUCGGUUUCAGCUCCGUCGACGAGGCCAAGGCUGCCCUUGAAGAAUGCCAGGGCGUUGAGAUUCUUGGCCGUGCUUGCCGUCUUGACUAUUCUCAACCCCGCGCCGAUCGUGGCGGCGGUGGUGGCUUCGGAGGUCGUGGAGGUGGCCGUGGAGGCGGACGUGGUGGAUUCAGCGACCGUGGUGGCCGUGGAGGACGUGGCGGUGGCCGUGGUCGUGGCGGAGACCGUGGUGGCCGUGGAGGACGAGGAAACUUCACUACCAACCGUGGUGGUUUCGGCGACUUCAAAGGCAAGAAGAUGUCCUUCGACUAA